GCUAAUUACCCCAGAUGGCUAACGGCUAAGCUAACCGGUAAACUCGUGUUGUCAGUGUCUUUAAUCCAAACUCUGUUGGUUUUGUACCCCAGAUCGUGCAAACCACAGGGCACAAUAAAAGUCUAUAAACAACGUAAGUGAAAACUGUAUUUCACUGGAUUUUGGGGGACCAAAACUAUACGUUAGAAGAAGAAAAGCAAACCCAGUCAGUCCAAAUUGACAUGAUUCUGCCGAAUUGACUUCCUUACACAACACACGUCACCGUGACGCGUUGCAUUCUGGUAAAUGCAGUUAACCUAGGUUUAAGGUUGUGAAUGUACAUGACUUAACCCGACAUACGCGUUUUACUGUUUGAGUUUCUCGCGUUUCCAGCUAAUGUUCGAACAGGGAAAAGAUAAAAAUGCAGUCAUUUUGAUGCUGGUGCGUAAUUGUUUAAACGUAGUUGAAGAGAAAAAAACUACAAAUCCCAGUAACUGACGUCAUUACGUAUGUACGUCUAGCAACGGCGAACAGCUAAAGGAAAAAACAGCCGCUUCCGUGUUGUUCUUGUGUUAUUUUGUGAAAUAACUGUCGUUAGCGGAGUCAAAGCUCGCCUGACAGCCUCGCCGGAGUGUGAAUAUCAUGGUUUUGUGAAGCUGACACACAGCGUCAGCCUUUUUUCAGCCAAAAUGUCGCUGCUGCAGAGCUCAAAGAAAAAAGACAAGCGUAUUUUGUCUGGUACCUGCCCAGACCCGAAAUGUCAGGCGAGGCUUUUCUUUCCUGCUUACGGCUCCGUUAGCAUCGAGUGUACCGAGUGUGGUCAGCGCCAUGAACAGAAGAACCUGCAGAACGUUGAGGAAGUCACCGACCCCGAUGUCGUGCUUCACAAUCUGCUCAGAAACGCCCUGCUCGGCGUCACCGGGGCCCCGAAGAAGGGGACCGAGCUGGUGAAAGUGAUGGGGCUUUCUAACUACCACUGCAAGCUGUUGUCGCCCGUGCUCACCAGGUAUGGCAUGGACAAACAAACCGGCAAAGCCAAGCUUCUGAGGGAGAUGAACCAGGGGGAGAUGUUUGACUGUUCCAUCCUGGGAGACAGAGCUUUUCUCAUUGAGCCGGACCAUGUUUCCACCAUAGGCUAUGGCAAAGAUAGGUCAGGCAGCCUUAUAUACCUCCACGACACUCUGGAGGAGGUGAAGAAAGCCAACGGCAACAGAGAGUGUCUCAUCCCGGUGCAUGUGGACGGAGACGGGCACUGCCUGGUCCACGCUGUGUCCAGAGCUCUGGUGGGGAGAGAACUGUUCUGGCAUGCCCUCCGUGAAAACCUCAAACAGAACUUCAAGCAGAAUCUGGAACGCUACAAGGCACUUUUUCAGGACUUUAUAGAUGCAGCAGAGUGGGAGGACAUCAUCAACGAGUGCGACCCUCUUUUCAUCCCACCAGAAGGCGUACCCCUUGGACUACGCAACAUCCACAUAUUUGGCUUAGCCAACGUCCUCCACCGACCCAUAAUUCUCCUGGACUCCCUGAGUGGGAUGAGGAGCUCCGGGGACUAUUCUGCCACCUUCCUGCCUGGACUGGUGCCGGAGGAGCAGUGCAAGGGGAAAGAUGGGAAGCUGAACAAACCCAUCUGUAUUGCCUGGAGCAGCUCCAGCAGGAACCACUACAUCCCUCUGGUGGGAAUCAAGAACACGGUGCUGCCAAAGCUGCCACCCCGUCUGCUGCCAAAGGCCUGGGGCGUCCCUCAGGAGCUCAUCAAGAAGUACAUCAAGUUAGAAGCGGAUGGGAGCUGCGUGAUUGGCGGAGAUCGCAGCCUGCAGGAUAAAUAUCUGAUGAGGUUAGUUAACGCCAUGGAGGAGGUAUUUAUGGAGAAGCACAGCAUCCACCCGUCGCUGGUGGCUGACGUGCACCAGUACGUCUACAGGAGGACUGGCGUGAUUGGCAUCCAUCCAGAGGAGGUCACAGAGGCGGCAAAGAAGUCGGUGAUGGAAAAUCGGCUGCAUCGCUGCCUGAUCUGUGGCGCCCUUUCUGAGCUGCACAUCCCACCGGAGUGGCUGAUUCCCGGCGGUAAGCUCUACAACUUAGCCAAAUCCACGCACGGCCAGCUGCGGCCGGAUAAGAACUACAGUUUCCCCCUCAACAAUGUGGUCUGCUCUUACGACCCCCAAAGGGAUGUUCUCCUCCCAGACUACAAACUGAGCUCCCUCAACACCUGCAACUGGUGUCACGGCACGUCAGUCCGCCAUAUCCGUGGAAACGGCUCGGUGGUUUAUCUGGAUGGGGACAGAACCAACACCCGCUCCCAGGGAGGGAAGUGUGGGUGUGGCUUCAAACACUACUGGGAGGGGAAGGAGUAUGACAACCUCCCCGAGGCCUUCCCCAUCACGUUGGAGUGGGGGGGUCGGGUGGUGCGAGAGACAGUGUACUGGUUCCAGUAUGAGACUGACCCUUCGUUGAACAGCAACGUGUACGACGUGGCCAUGAAGCUCGUCACAAAGCACUUCCCGGGCGAGUUUGGCAGCGAGAUCCUGGUGCAGAAAGUGGUCAACACUAUCCUCCAUCACACGGCCAAGAAGAACCCGGACGAAUACAACCCCGUGUCCAUCGACGGGGCUCAUGUCCAGCGCCUCACUGAUGCCCCCGAGUCUCAGCCGCCGGCGGACCCCCAGCCGCCCACAAAGAUCAUCCUGACGGGACAGAAAGCGAAGACGUUGCACAAGGAGGAGCUAACGAUGAGCCGAGCAGAGCGCAGCAUCCAGCAGAGCAUCAGCGAGCAGGCCUUCGUCACCCAGAAGCGCCGGACUGACAAACUGAAGCAGGAGCAGAAAGGCCAGGGCCGGACUUCUUCACCCGGAGGCUCUCCAGAAACCUCCUCCUCCUCAGCUCCAGCCACACCCACCAAGUCCUCCUCCCCGUCUUCGUCCAGUAAGGAGAAAAAGAUUCGUGUGACUACGAGCGACGGCAGACAGGCCAUGCUGACUCUGCAGGCCCACACGACCUUCUCUGAGCUGCAGAGGAGCAUCAGCAACCAGUUCAGCGUGCCGCCGGCGCAGCAAUGCAUCCGCUACGGUUUCCCACCUAAGGAGUUGGUCCCACCAAAAGAUGGUGAGGAAAACGAGCCAGUGGCGCUGCAGCAUGGUGACAGGGUGACUGUGGAGAUCCUUAAAGGCCCAGAGGACAAGAGCCCUGCGGCCUCCAUUCCCCGAGCCUCCAGCUCGCACUCCGCCCUGCAUUCAGUGAAGAGCGAGGACGCCGUGACGCCCGGAAGAAUGAGCAGCCGGGAACUCCAGGACAGCAUCGACCUUGAGAUGUCCUCCCUCUGUCUCCUAGCAACGUUGAUGGGUGAGGAUGUUUGGUCGUACGCAAAGAAGCUGCCACACUUAUUCCAGCAGGGCGGCGUCUUCUACAACAUCGUUAAGAAAGACAUGGGCCUGAUGGACGGGAAGCACUGCACGCUGCCUCACCUCACGGGGAAAACCUUUGUUUAUAAUGCAGCAGAGGAGCGUUUGGAGCUCUGCGUGGACGCUGCCGGUCACUUCCCUGUUGGGCCUGAUGUAGAGGAACUGGUGAAGGAGGCCCUGGUGCAGCUUCGCUCUGAGGCAUCCGGGAGGGGCAGUAGAGAGGGUAGUCCCUCUCACGGCGUGCUGCGGCUGGGCAGCGGUGGCGUUGUUCGUAAAAAGGAGCAGCUGCAGAGUGUCACGGCCUUUCAGGGAAAAGGCCACUCUCUGGGCAGCGCCGGAGGCUCCUCCCCACCGGAACACCGCCCUAUCACACGACAGCACAGCAGUGGCGUGGACCUGAGUGCCAGCGUGUCCCGAGGACCCCCGGACCUGUCGGACAUCCCCGAGGACACCACCAGGGAGCUGGUCCGCAUGGCUCCGGGCUUCGUCACCAUGAAGGACGGCCGUGGACUCGACCCCAGCCUGAUGGAGCAGCAGCGAAGGAAGCUGCAGGAAAUGGUGUCCUCCAUCCAGGCCUCCAUGGAGCGGCACCUGAAAGAGCAGCAGAGCACCGCCUCCGGGGGAAGGGCCGCCCAGGAGCCGACGGCCGGAAGCCAGGCGGGCGAGGACCAGUCGGUGUCCGCGGCCGACCACAAACCGCCAGCUGCAGCGUCGACAACGGCAGCCGUCAAACCUGAGCAGAAGGUGGAGGAACCGGAGGAGAUGGACAGCCAGGACGCCGGGCAGAGUAACGCCACCGAACCCAUGGAUCACUCCUGAUCACGCCUGAGCCCCAGCACCGCCCCACCCCCGCACCCGCCUGACCGGCAUCUGUGGGUCAUAACACCUCAGGUCGGAUCCUCAAGCUUUGGUCUUCAUCGUGUUGCGUUGUCUUUACUGCAUGACUAAGAGCGGGCCGACUGUCCUCGCCGCCUCGAACUCCGGGUGGGACAGCCGUCGAUGAAGCGAUAUAUUGUGACGCGCCGUCUGCGAUAUGUCAUCGAUUCACCAUCUCACAGGUCUGCUGCAGAAGCCGUCGCCAUGCGUGUUUCCACUGUAU